GCGGCGGCGGACCCGGCACCCGGAAGAGCCGCCGACUCCGCGAGUGCAGCAGGGGGCUGAGCGGGGCUGCGUCGUGUGGACCCGGCCCGGGAUGGACAAGCUGAAGAAGGUGCUGAGCGGCCAGGACACCGAGGACCGGGGCGGCCUGGCCGAGGUUGUUGAGGCAUCUUCAUUAAGCUGGGGUACCAGAAUAAAAGGCUUCAUUGCAUGUUUUGCUGCAGGAAUUGUCUGCUCACUGCUGGGAACUCUUCUGCUCUGGGUGCCCAGGAAGGGACUAUACCUCUUUGCAGUGUUUUAUACCUUUGGUAACAUCGCAUCAAUUGGGAGCACUGUCUUCCUCAUGGGGCCAAUGAAGCAGCUGAAACGAAUGUUUGAGCCGACGCGUUUGAUUGCAACUAUCGUGGUGCUGUUGUGUUUUGCACUUACUCUGUGUUCUGCCUUUUGGUGGCAUAACAAGGGGCUUGCGCUCAUCUUCUGCAUUUUGCAGUCCUUGGCCCUGACGUGGUAUAGCCUUUCCUUCAUACCCUAUGCAAGGGAUGCUGUGAAGAAGUGUUUUGCUGUCUGUCUUGCAUAGCACAUGGUCAGUUGUGCAAGGCUUUGGAAGGCGCCGUGGACGGAAGCUGGUGGACAGUUUUGUAAAUACCUUCUAAACCUCUGUCUUACAGACAUGUGCCUUUUCUCUUGCAGCAGUGUGUUGCUUGUGAUCUGAACAUUUGAGGGUAGCUUUUGGAGGCAUUGUUGUGGUCCCAAACCCAAAUGUCUGUAGCAUGGUAUGAGAGGUGGGUUCUGUUAUCUCAUGGGGUAGAUUAUUCCUCAUGCACCUGUUUCCUCUUUAGAUGAAGUGUUCCACUGAAAUUUCCUAAAUAAAAACCUUGUUAAGCAGCGGCAGGUCAGCUUGGGAGCCAGGGCUCUUCUGGGGGUGACAGGCAGCCCCAUCAGAGCUGGCAGGGGUACGGUCAUAAGGGACAGGGUUUUGGGGUCUGCGGGGACUUUGUGGACUUGCCCUCAGCAUGGAGAACCGCCCCCCCACCCCACCCGCCUCACCCAGCGUGGACGUGCUUCUGCUCUGGGGUCUGCCCCCCCGACAGCUGCACACAAGCCCGUGGAGAGCCUGCUCGUAGAGUGACCUGGGAAAGGAGCACUUUUUGGGGAUAUGUGUUGUUUUUAAAUCUGCACGUUGGCUUUGUUCUUCUGAUUCCACACCUGACGAUGGAAUGUAUCUUCUGACAUUCCGUGCACUCUUUUUCUCUCGGGGUUUUCUUUCUUUCUCCCCCUCCACGUAGCUUUUCUCAUGGCCUCCUGGAACUGGACUGGGGACGAAGCAUGGACAGAACAGACACUGUUUUCUUUUGCACAAGAGCUGACGGGAGGGAAAAGUCUUGCUGCUUUCCACUCUUUUUUUUCUUCCCCAUUAUUUAUUAAUGUUGCUUUUAAACUGAUUCUGUUUUCCGUUCUCCCCUGGAACGGGGCCAGGGUAGAGUGGUGGGAAGGCAGAGCCCCAUUGUGGGGCCCAUGGGAAGGAGGCACGCCUGGCUGGUGACCUUUCAGCGGUGCCAGGGUUUCCACCGGAGCCCGCGCUACAGCACUGGGGGUGGGACACCGUGGGUGGCAGGGGGCGCGCAUCGCAGCCCCUGCCUCACCACGCACGGUGCUUUGUGCCCGGGAUUCUGUCUGGUCCCACAAGAGCUGGUGACGAAGUGGCGAUGGUUAUCUCACUGGGCAGUCAAGGAGAUCAGACUCAGAGAGGUCAGCAGAUUGCCUCAAAGCCACAGUUGGUGGCAGAACUGGGCCCGGAGUCUGGGUGCCCCAGCUUCAGUCCCCUCUGUGCCCCCGUGUUUCCCGGGCUGGCUCUGGAGGCACCUCCUCUGACUGUUCUGCCUGUUCUCAUCAGCCAAGCCUGUGCCUUUUCUGCUCCCAGUCCCUUUACGUCACUGCACUGUCUCCUGCCCAGUUUCCCUUUUGGGAUGCUUCCUCCUGGUUCUGUGGGCUCUCCGUUGUUCAGUUGUGUGCCCUUGUAGCUCCUUGCUGCCUGACCAGCAUAAAUGCCCUAUCUUGAUUGCCAGAGUUCUUGGCAUUGCGGGGCCUCUGAAGCAAGCCCACAAGUGAAAUCUCUUUGGGGUUGCCUUUCUGUUCUUACCCAGGUCUAGCUGGCCCGCUCGGGUUCUUGCUCUGGAACCUCCACACCAAAGGCUGUGGUCCACGUGUCGUCUCCUUGCUUGUGGCCAGUUGCUAAGUUCUUUGUCCUGUUGCAGCUGAGACCUCAGACCGGCUAGCCUUUUCCUCUGAGCUGGGGAGCUGUGAGCAGGUCUGAGAGGCCUAGAGUGAGGAGGCAGUCUCACCGGGUCCUCUCUAGGCUAUGGAGGGCACCCUGGCUUAUCCUGAGGUUCCUAACCUGCCUUCAGCCAGGAAGGGAAAUUAUGUGCUACCCUCUGGCUUUUGUGGAGUUCUUUUACAUCUGAGGCGUCCCUCGGAAAUAGCUCAGAUCUUGGAGGCACUCUAGAAAGGGGCCCAAAGGAGAUCUGGCAUGUCCAUCGUGCCCUCUCGUAAGAGCAGGUGUGGGGCUAGCCUGUCUCUACGAGCUCCAACCAGCCUGGAGUAACUAGAAGGCUGAACCCUCUGGCCCUUUGCAAUGUCUGGACUUGACAUUGUGGGACAUGAGGUCGAGGUGCCUUUUGCGAUGUCACCGGGGCUGUGUAGCAUAGUGGUAGUGGAUGUGGGCUUUGACGGCACACAGGUUUGGGCGUGAGUUGUGGUUCGGUCACAUACCGGUGUCAGGUUGAGCAAGUUACUUAAGCUCUGGCUCCCUUUAAAGACAACAGAGGUAACAGCCACUGCUGGAUCACUCUCCAUCAGUGAGCUGUGCGUCAGGUGCUUCGCCUGGAGCCCAGGGGACGGAGACGGUAUCUCAGGAAAAGGAAGGUGUUAUUACUACGUCCCAGAAGUAACCGAUGACCUUUGAAGGUGGCAGGUGAAUGUCUCUGACCAUUAACUUAUCUACAAAAUAUGUAUCGAGCAUUAUGCGUCCAGCACAGUACUGUUGCCACGCCUGGUCUCAUUUAAUAGUCACAGUGGCUUUGCAGGCUGGUGGUCCUGUUUGCCUUGCUGAAGAAACGAGCCGCCUCGGGGAGGGUAGGCGUCCCUCCAGAUCUCACCAGUAGAGGGCGGUGGUUCUUGUGUUAAAGCGCCUGCUUUGCCCUAACGCGGGGCCUGUGGCCAGUUUGCACAGACCGCUCCAGCCAGGACACUGUGGGCAGCUUUUGGAUGAUCCUGCCAUUCGGGAUCUUCCAGACUCCUGCAUUUCCGUUCUGCCACCUCACCCUUUGGUUUUCCCUGUUUGUUUUUGCCUCCUGCACGGUGGGAGAAAGAAGAAAUCCAUGUUAAAGGUGCUGAAAGCUGUUACCAGGCAACAGCGCUAGUUUGCAAGCACCGUGGUGGGCGAGAGAGUGGGGAAUUAGGGUUCAGACCCUGCGGCUGGCAGGCUGGCAGUCCCGUCUUGUUCCUGCAACACCCCCCCUCCCCCCCCCCCCACUGCUGGGGGAAGGAGAGGGAGAGGUCGUUGCGUUCUUGCAGUGAAAGGAAUCAUUCAGGCGACUCUCUCAGCGCUGCGUACUCCCUGGAGGUGAGGUGGUGCCUCCAGCUGCGUGUGAGGCUCCCUCUGUGGGUGCUGUGUUGGGCGCUGUGCCGCUCCCCAGGCCCAGACAGCUGUCUCCCGGGCCCCGGAGCCUGCCGUGUGACUCCCUGCCGCCCGUGUCCCUACCUGGGAGGUUCCCCUUCUGCCGACCGUGCUCCUGGGCAACUCUGGCUGCCAGAUCCUGUGUGUGGCCAUGCCCCUGGCCGCUGCUGCCCAGGCCCAGCUGGAGGUUCCGUUGGAAAGUGGGACACCAUCCCCCGUGGGGCAUUUCCACUGGGUUGACGAUCUCAGUGCUCCUUCAUUCUGUAUGGGGACUUCCGGGGGGGGUACCCCCCAGCUGCCCCCUCCCUCCUACCCUAAUCAGGGUACGCUCAGGGAGCAGGAAAUAAAAUCAUGAAGUGCAUCUAAAUAAAUUCCUUUUGGACACUUGCAUUGGAGAAGAUGAUUAGGAAGUGGGGCAUAUCUUGAGAAAAGGGUGUGGGAGGUACUGGUUUAGCUGCUGCUGCUUUUGACAGCUCCAGGAGAGUGACAAGUGUGGCGGUGUGACGGUCGGGGCAGUGAAUUAGGCAACUGAGCUCAGCCCAUGGCUGUGCGUUCCCUUUUCUGUGGGGCAGCCCGCACCAGGCCCGCCUUACCUUCUCUUCCUUCAGACGUCUGACUGGAGUCAGCUGCAGGAUUACAAACUAGUUAAAAAUUCACAACCCACCCUUGACCCUCAUUUUCAGCAAAUAAAUGAAAAAAAAAAA